AUCAUAUUUAAUAUUAAAUGUUCUUCGUACGUGAAUUGGUAAGGUGCCAAUGUGUUGCCACAUGGAAACAGCUUUAAAGUUUGUUGCUAUGUUUGCAACUUACAAAAUGUUGUGAUGCAUAAAAUGCAACUCUAGCAUAACGGAACUUUAUCCUUAAAAUAGUUUUCAAACCGAAGUUCGUUCAUAUUGAGAAGACGCGUUUGUUCACGAAGCGGUAAUGGAGGAACAACGCAAAUUAAUGCAGGCAUUGCUUGCAAAUGAACACGUAAUAAUGAAUUCUGACUUCGAAACUAGACUAAAUUUUGCUGUAAAACUUAAUGAAGUUUUAUCAGAAUAUUUUGAAACUUUAAACGAUAUGUGUUUGAAACUCCUGAUGCGUGUACGUUCAUGUAUGGGUGAAGAUUCCGAAGAACAAGAAGCGGAAAAAUUAAAAUCGUUGAAGAAAAUUGCUAAAUGUGUGAAAGGUUCAGAGAUUGAUGACUACAGAGAAGGAAAUAAAUUUUUUAGAGAUCUAAAUGGUCGCGCAGCUCCAAAUAACGAAGAUUACAUUAAACGUAAAAGCGAAGGUGAAAUCUUCCCAAUGGAUUUCAGUUUGGUUAAAAACUGUUAUUGGAUUGAAACAGAUAAAAAAUUGCUUCUGAUGGGUAUAAAAGAGCAAAUAGUAAAUACAUUACUGGAGCGAAAAAUUAUUGAUAUACAUUGGGAUGGUAAGAUGGAUUACUUGCAUUCCUCUAAUUUAAAAGAUAUGUUAAAAAAAGUGGACGGAAGAAUAGAAAUUGACUGGUUUCAAAUUUCUGCUGGGGAUCUCAGGAGCAGACAUAAUGAAACAUCAUGCGAGGCAAUGUGGAAUGUUUUUCUGCAUCCGUCACUUAAACGUUCAAAAUGGACUAAUGAGGAGAACAACCGACUUAUAACAGCUGCAAAAAAAUAUAAAUUUCAAAAUUGGGAAGCUAUUGGUAAAGAAGUAGGCGGUCGUUCUGACUAUCAGUGUUACAUACAGUACAGGACAAAAGCCUGCUACAACUUACCAAAUCGUUUUAAAAAGUGGGAUAAAAAUGACGAUAUCAAAUUAAUUGAGUUAGUUCAUAAAAACACAACAAAUAAUGUUACUGAUUGGACAACAGUAACUACUUAUUUUAGAUUUAAGCCUAAAGGUGAUAUUAUAGCGCGUUACAAUACUAGGUUAAAGCCAGGCAUAAAUUUUAAGCCAUUUUCACCAGAAGAAGAUAUCCUUCUUAUUGGUCUUGUUAAAAAGUAUGGAGAAAAAUUUAGUAUAAUACCUCGUGAUAUGUUUCCCGAUCGUACUAUUCUACAACUACGUAAUCGUUACUUAAAUACCCUGAAGCAUCGUCAUAGAAAUACAACGUGGACUUACGAAGAUGAUGAUAAAUUAACAAAGUUUGUUACUGAACAUGGUACAUCAAGUUGGUUAAAGUGUGCUGAAUUGCUAGGCAACCAUACUCGAACGAGUUGCCGCACCCGCUUUAUCACUAUUAAAAGAAUGUUUAAAAAAAAUCCUAAUUUAAAACUUACAGAUGUUCCACGUCAUAAAAUUCUGAAAAGUGACAAUUUAGUAAGGCCAGAUCAUUAUGAAACUCAACUUGAUUUGUUAGAAAGUGAUGAAAUUGGCAAAUUAGCAUACCAUCCUCUGAUUAGUAUUAAAAAAGAAUUAAGAUUAUUGGAAUUAGAAAUGAAUGCGUCUUUCAAAUUCGGCUAUGACUAUAGCACUUUUAAUAGUUAUUUCACAAAGUGGCCUGCGUGUAUUCCAGCAAAAAACAUAAUGGCAAAUGCAUUGAAGAUUCAUACUCCAAUGCAAGUAGACAAUUUAUUGUUAACGAAUUUACCUUUCCAUUUUCAGAAAACAGUAGAAAAGAUGAUGAAAGCUGUAGCGGAACAAAGUCUAAAUAAUUUGCCCCCAAAUUAUUCAACAUUAAUUGCUUAUCGAACGUUGUGUUCCUUUAGAAAGCUAUUCACUCCAAAUUUACUAAAGGUGAAAAACAGUUACAAUAAUGUGGAUUUAACACUGUUCAAACAGCGAUUCAGAUCAACAUUUUUUCUUCCUGGUAUCAUGUGUUGCUCAAAUCCAUCUAAACUUAAUAUUGGACCACUUGAAUACAAACCUGAAAAUAAUGAUCCGGAAGAAAUUUAUCAUUGUGGAAGAUAUUAUAAAAUACAAAAAGUUACGGACCAAGGUUCCAGCCAUGAUACAGAAAAGGAUUCUAUAAAUCCACCAUCAAAGUAACACAUUUUUAUUUAUUAAUCCAGAUUUGUGUUUGUAUUCAUAUAUAAUUAUUGUACUUGCACAUUCGAUAUGAAUUCACACCUUCA